UGUGGGGGUAGUUGGACUCGCUGUACAUUCCUGGCAUCUCACCUGUAGAACUUGUUCCUCAAACUGCUGCAACUGAAAGUAAAAUUCCAUUUGGUCUGAGUUGUACUGGAAAGAACACAGAGAAAUAUCACCCACUGGGGCCCUAAUGAACCGACACGAGAUGGGACCCCCAGGGAUGGAGAAAAAACUGGGAACCAGCCUGAAUCCCCCCGUCCUAUUCUGCUUUCUACUGGUCUUACUGGUGGGAACUGAAACACUAGAAGUGAAAGUGAGCGACUCAGCAGUGAAAGUAGUGAAGGAACAAGAUGUGUUUAUCCCAUGUACAAUCAGUGGAUACGGCAGCACAGAACUGGAUCUACAGCUUCUCUCUGUCCAUUGGAGCCGGGGAUCUGACCCAGUUUAUAUCUAUGACAGAGGCUCCCCCAACCCCAUCAGGACUGGAUCAGAAUUAGACGUUCGUCUGAUUAAAGGCAACGCUGGGCUGUACCUGCCGCAGGUACAAAUGAAUGAAGAGGGACAAUAUACCUGCACUGUUACUUAUAAUAAUGAGGGGGCAGAGGGGAGAUCUUCUCUGGAGGUGUCAGUUAAACCCAGUGCCAGGCUGGUGCCCUCUGAUGUUAUUAUAGAGGAAGGAACAGAGAGGGGGGUUACAUGUCACGCCAAUAAUUAUUACCCAGAAAUGAUAAAGUUCCAGUGGAUAAAACAUCUCAGUGUCACUCAACAUGUUGUUCUGCACCAAGGAGUCUCCACCAAUGAGCCGCUAGAGAAUGAGGACGGAACCUUUAGUACAACCAGUCAGCUGAUGUUAAAGCCUUCUAUGGAGAAUGAUGGGGAAAAGUAUUCCUGUAUCAUAUCCCACAGAUCCCUGGGAAACUCUCUUGUUCUUGAUUUUAUUCUGUCUGUAAAGGAGUGGUAUUCCAAAAUAAUCGGAGCUGUGUUCGGAAUUCUGGCUGCAGUGAUACUGGUGGCAGGCAUUUCUUGUGGCUAUUUCAUUUUUAUGAAAAAAGAGCCGCCCAGACUUUCUCCAAUAACGGGAUCAGAACUUUUGCUCCAUGAGAAAAAGGCGACUCUGUCCUUCCAGAUCUCUGGUUUUCGGCCCAGACCCGUCCAUAUUACUUUAUAUUUGAAAAGAAAAUGGAGGAAAAGAGCUGAAAUUUACUCAUGGAAUUCUGAGGUACAAACUGGUUCCUCUGCCCCACGGGACACAGACGGACGGGACACGACAGAGAUGGAACAGUUAUUGAGAAAUGGGGAGACUAUUGUGCCCCCAGCACAGAGGCAGCUGCAAGUGGAAAUGGUUAAUGUAAUAAGAACAAAUAAAAGGGGCAUUUCCAAGUGUCAGUGCACAAUCCAUAUAACUCCCGACAUGCACAAAGAUGAUGGGGCAGAACUGACAGUGCAGGUCACUCACAUUACUCUGAUCUCUCCCAUCUCUGAGUCCUGUCGGCUGAAACUGAUGAAAGAACCCCCAAAACAUUCUCCAUUUAGUGGAGCGGAACGAUUGGUGCACAUGAGAAAAUCGACUCUGAGCUGUCAGUUCCCUCAGUCCUUCCCAGAACCCACUGACAUCACUUUAUAUUUACAAAGAAAAGGUGAAGAACAGAUUGAGAUUCUCUGUUGGAAAUCUGGAGAAAAAUCUCUGCCAUUUACUGUAGUGUCAGAAAUCCCUGAGGUGCCAGUGGCUACUGAGCCAAAGAGAGAAGGGCCAGUGAGUAAUGGGAAUGGGACUAAUCUGCCCCCAGCACAGAGGCCACUGCAAGUGGAAAUGAAUUGUAAAAUAACAACAAGUAAAUCUCAGCGACUUUCCAUCUGUCAGUGCACAAUCCAUAUAACUCCAGACAUAGAGGAAGAUGAUGGAGCAGAACUGACUGUGAGGGUCACUCACUCUGCCCUGAGACUCCUCAUCUCUGAGUCCUGUCCGCUGAAGGUGAACGAAGAGACAAUGUUACUGGUGAUGGAUGAGGAUUAUAGAGUGAGAGUUGGCCCAGCACCCCGGGACCCUACAGAUAAUUUUCAUGAAAGGGCAAUAACACUUGGGAGACUUGAUGGAUUAGAGAACAUUGCCUUGAGUCCAACUGGGAAACUCUUUGCCAUCCGAGAGGGAAAUCUCUACACCGGCCCAGUAUCAUCUUGUUCAAACCAAAUCUUGUUUUCCCCUGACAGAAGAAUUGGACGCGGUGCCUGGGACAUGUUUAAACUUAUCUCAGUUGACCCCAGGGGGCUUCUAUGUGCAGUUACACAUUCAGGAUUAGUUUUUAGGGGUCCACACCCAGACAAUGAAAGCCAGAACUGGGUUGGUGACCUGGGUGUACAUGUAGGGCAGUAUAACUGCAGUGAUGUUGACUCUGUCUUCUUUGACCCCCAAGGUUCUUUAUAUGCAAAAACAAGUGACGGUCAAAUUAAGACAUUAUUCAAACCAGCAGAGACAGAUAGUGAUUGGUUGGAUUUAGGAACCGCACUCAGACAAAGAGACGACAGAGAUUCUCCCCAUGUGAUUUCUUUCUGCCCUGAGGGAAACCUCUGGUGGGUCAGUAAGGCUGAAGGCAAACUGUAUAAAGGGCCACAGCCAACUCAACAGAAUCCAGAAUAUUGGGGGACCGCCAGGUUCUUGGGUCAGGACUAUAAUCGGUACAAGCUGUUUGGGUUCAUAGGAGGAACAUUCAUUCAGAAGAUUCAGAAGUUUGAGUUCCUCCCUGAACUGGGAAAAAUUGUCACAGAAAUGAAUAUAAUAGUAAUGGUAAAGACCUAUGAUAAUAGCAAAGGGGACAACACACUCAAUGACACUUUCAGUUUUGAGGAAACCAUAAAGGAAACAAGCAGAUUUAUUCAUAAUCAUAACAUUGUGUUUGUGGAGGAGGCAGAAACGACUUUCAUGGAGGGAAUUCCUGUCAUUGACACGGGAAGAGAUUCCAAGAUUUCACUUGAUAAUAACAUCACUCACCGGUGGGAUUUCACCAACACCAAUAAACGAGAGGUUACUUUAUCUCUACAAGAACCUGUUGUGGUUGAAAGUGGUAAAGCUGUACGUAUGGAGGUCUCAGUCCAGAAAGCCAAAAUAAGUGUUCCCUACAAGGUCCGGCUACUCACAGGCCAAGGCCACAGUGUAACCAUUGAAGGCAGUUGGGAAGUGAUAAAAUUCUAUAAUCUGAGAGCGGCACCAAGAGAAGCCCGAGGAGGGGAGAGUUACUCAUACUGUGCACCAAAAAGCAUUUGGAAAGAGGAGAGUUUCUUCAAUCUAAAGUCAAUGCCACACUAUGGCCGGGGAAGAGACAUUUCCUCUGAAAGUUCUGAAAGUUCAAUAGAAGAUGACCAAGAAAGUGACAGCUGGAGUAAUGACAUACGCGAUGUACGACCCCGCCGUGCUCCUGCCGACCCCGCCGCCUUGUAUGUGUCUUUGGUGGAGGAUCAGCGCGGGAAGCGGGGCAUCAGCAGGUCCCCAUCCUCUUCUUCCUCUGCCCGCCGUUCGUCCUGCAUGAUCUCCUCUGCUGUGCGAGAGCCCUAUGCAAUGCGCUUGGGAGCAGAACCGGUGCCGAUACCAAUUCCUGCGCAGGUUCUGCACCAAGGAGUCUCCACCAAUGAGCCGCUAGAGAAUGGGGACGGAACCUUCAAUGUAACCAGUCAGCUGAUGUUAAAGCCUUCGCUGGGGCAUGAUGGGAAAAAGUAUUCCUGUAUCAUAUCCCACAGAUCCCUGGAGAAUGAUCUUGUUCUUUAUUUUACUCUGUCUGUAAAGGCUGACGCCAGAGGAACCUCCAUAGGGAUGAGGCGCAAACUGGGAACCAGCCUGAAUCCCCCCGUUCUAUUCUGCUUUCUACUGGUCUCACUGGUGGGAACUGAAACACUAGAAGUGAAAGUGAGCGACUCAGCAGUGAAAGUAGUGAAGGAACAAGAUGUGUUUAUCCCAUGUACAAUCAGUGGAUACGGCAGCACAGAACUGGAUCUACAGCUUCUCUCUGUCCAUUGGAGCCGGGGAUCUGACCCAGUUUAUAUCUAUGACAGAGGCUCCCCCAACCCCAUCAGGACUGGAUCAGAAUUAGACGUUCGUCUGAUUAAAGGCAACGCUGGGCUGUACCUGCCGCAGGUACAAGUGACUGAUGAUGGACAAUAUACCUGCACUGUUACUUAUAAUAAUGAGGGGGCAGAGGGGACAUCUUCUCUGGAGGUGUCAGUUAAACCCAGUGCCAGGCUGGUGCCCCCUGAUGUUAUUAUAGAGGAAGGAACAGAGAGGGGGGUUACAUGUCACGCCAAUAAUUAUUACCCAGAAAUGAUAAAGUUCCAGUGGAUUAAACAACUCAGUCUCAUUCAAUAUGAUGUUCUGCACCAAGGAGUCUCCACCAAUGAGCCGCUAGAGAAUGAGGACGGAACCUUCAAUGUAACCAGUCAGCUGAUGUUAAAGCCUUCGCUGGGGCAUGAUGGGAAAAAGUAUUCCUGUAUCAUAUCCCACAGAUCCCUGGAGAAUGAUCUUGUUCUUUAUUUUACUCUGUCUGUAAAGGUGUCACAUAUAAAAAUUGCUGGCGCUGUACUUGGAACCCUGGGGGUACUGAUACUCGCCUCCUGUGUUUGGGGCUACAUCAUAUUUGUGAAGAAAGAGCCCCCCAAGCUUUCCGAGAUUACCGGAGCGGAAUAUCUGGUCCAUAUGGACAAGGCAACUCUCUCCUGCCAGAUCUCUGGUUACCGGCCAAAUCCCAUCCACAUUUGUAUUUAUUUGAGAAGAAAAGGGGGAGAACUGAUGGAAAUUUACUCCUGGAAAUCUGAUCCACAAACAGGUCCCUCUGCCCCACAGGACACAGAGGGACAUAACACAACAGAAAUGGAAGAGCUGCUGAGGAACGGGGAUAUGGAUAAAUUGCUCCCUGAACUGAGGCCACUGAAAAUUCAUUUGUUUCCUGAUGUGAAAUCAAGUCAAAAGCGAAUUUCUAUCUGUCAGUGCACAAUCCAUAUAACUCCCAACAUAGAGGAAGAUGAUGGAGCAGAACUGACUGUGAGGGUCACUCACUCUGCCCUGAGACUCCCCAUCUCUGAGUCCUGUCGGCUGCAGGUGAGGAAAGAGACAAUGUUACUGGUGAUGGAUGAGGAUUAUAGAGUGAGAGUUGGCCCAGCACCCCGGGACCCUACAGAUAAUUUUCAUGAAAGGGCAAUAACACUUGGGAGACUUGAUGGAUUAGAGAACAUUGCCUUGAGUCCAACUGGGAAACUCUUUGCCAUCCGAGAGGGAAAACUCUACAGCGGCCCAGUAUCAUCUUGUACAAACCAAAUCUUGUUUUCCCUUGACAGAAGAAUUGGGCGCAGUGGGUGGGACAUGUUUAAAUUCCUCUCAUUUGAUCCCAGGGGGCUUCUUUGUGCAGUUACACAUUCAGGAACAGUUUACAGGGGCCCACCACCAAAAGAUGAAUGUAACCGAUGGAUUGGUGUCCAGGGUGCAUUUGGAGGAGAGUGUAACUGCAGUGAUGUUGACUCUGUUUUCUUUGACCCCCAAGGGACUUUAUAUGCAAUAACAAGUGAUGGUCAGAUUAAGAUGUGGGUCAAACCAGCAGAGACAGAUAGUGAUUGGUUGGAUUUAGGAACUGCACUCAAAGAAAGAGACGGCAGAAAUUCUCCCCAUGUGAUUUCUUUCUGCCCUGAGGGAAACCUCUGGUGGGUCAGUAAGGCUGAAGGCAAACUGUAUAAAGGGCCACAGCCAACUCAACAGAAUCCAGGAUAUUGGGGGGUCGCCAUGUUCUUGGGUCAGGACUAUAAUCGGUACAAGCUGUUUGGGUUCGUGGAUGCAACAUUCAUUCAGAGGAUUCAGAACUUUGAGUUCCUCCCUGAACUGGGAAAAACGAAUGUAGAAAAAAGUAUAAUAGUAAAUGCCAAGGUCUAUGAUAAUAGUGAAGGAAGCUCCACGUUGAUGGACACGUUCAGCUUCAAGGAAACCAUCAAGGAAGUGAGUAGAUUUAUUCAUGAUCAUAACAUUGUGUUUGUGGAGGAGGCAGAAACCACCGUCAUGGAGGCAAUUCCUGUUAUUGACUUGGGAAGAGAUUCCAAGAUUUCACUUGAUAAUAACGUCACUCACCGGUGGGAUUUCACCAGCACCAAUGAACGAAAGAUCACAUUAUCCCUAGAGGAACAUAUUGUGAUUGAAAGUGGGAAAACUAUACGUAUGGACGCAUCAGUCCAGAAAGCCAAAAUAAGUGUUCCCUACAAGGUCCAGCUACUCACGGUCCAAGGCCACACUAUAACCAUUGAAGGCAGCUGGGAAGGAACCACCUUCUAUAAUCUGAGUGCGACACCAGGAGAAAUCCAGGGAAAAAAACAGACUUGAAGUUAUCGAUGGAAGACAUUUACUAAUUGUAGAACUUAUUCCGAGUUACUUGCCUGGAGAAAGUCACAGUUUCAACGAGAGACACAAACUUGGAUUCAGGUUGAAGCGGAAAAAGUUUCCCGAAACAGAAGGACUUUUGCCAGCAACUUGUGUCACUGUUAGUUGUGAAACCCAAGAGUAUUUUUGACUUUGGUUGAGGCACCUGAGAUGGUGACCCUAAGAGGAGGCUUUAGGCACAUAAAGUAUCUAAAAUUGAGCCACAAAUGAUCAAAACUGAUGCAAAAAUGUUUCUUUUUCUCAGCUGUGGGCUUAGAGAUGGACCUCUAGGCUGUGGCUGAGGAGUCUUAGAUCUGUGGUGACUAAAAUGCUCUCCCAGCUGGGGACAAUACUUCAUCUUUGAGGACAAUGUACAUUUUGUGGAUUCGUACCGUUUUCUGUAGAAGGACUUUUUACAAUUUUAAAUUUGGUGUUUUUGUAUUUAUGUCUUUUUUUCUGUCCAGUGAAAUAUCUGAGAUCAGAUAUGGAAAAAUAAAUGUUGCCAAUUAAACUUA